UCCUUCAGCUUGGAGGUUUGAGAAAGCUGGAGCGUGCUUCGGAAUCAAUCAAUAUAGGAAACUGAGUAAAGCUUUGGUUGUACAAAGCUCUCCCUAGGCUCUGUGGACUCGGCUCAGCGUUCCCCGCACUCCGCCCUCCUCCCCGCAUCCCCCGGCACCGAGGACUCCGGGCUUUAGGGGCGCCUCGCUUCCUCGCACCGCAGGGCCUUCCCGGCACCGGCGAGCAGGGUGGAGUCGCGGCGGUCUGCCGGGCAGCUGCGGGAGCUCGUCUCGCUCUUCCGCUUGCAGGUGUGCCCGGGGAAGGCGGGACGCGCAGGAGGGGGGCGCCCGCCAUGCCCCGACCGCAUCUCCGCGCCUUGGCCUCCUGUCCUCCGCCCCCGCGGAACGGCCAGCUGCAGCCCCUGUGAGGACGAAGCAGAGGCGGCGGCGGAAAAGGCGCCGCCCCCUUGGCGAGCUUCGCAACCUGGCUGCCUCCGCAGGACCCAUGGCGGAUUCCUCGCCCGCGCUGUCCCUGCGGGAAGGCGGCCCCCGAGCUCCCCGGCCCUCGGCUCCUUCGCCGCCGGCGCGCUCGCGCUCGGGCUCGGAAUCCGAGGAGGCCGAGCUGUCGCUGAGCCUGGCCCGCACCAAGACCCGCUCGUACGGCAGCACUGCCAGCGUGCGGGCGCCGCUGGGCGCCGGCGUCAUCGAGCGCCAUGUGGAGCACCGGGUCCGCGCCGGCGACACGCUGCAGGGCAUCGCGCUCAAGUACGGAGUCUCGAUGGAGCAGAUUAAAAGGGCAAAUAAACUGUUUACGAAUGAUUGUAUAUUUCUGAAGAAAACUUUGAACAUCCCAGUUAUAUCAGAGAAGCCUUUGUCGUUUAAUGGACUUAACUCAAUAGAUUCUCCAGAAAAUGAAACUGUUGAUAGCAGUUUUUCUCAGGAAGAGCCAGUAGCAGUUGGGGAAGACCUCUCUCCUCCCAGUCCUCAAGAAUCCGACAUUCAGCCCGUACAGCCUGAAGAAGUGACAGCUAGAGAUUUCCUACAGAGACUAGACUUGCAGAUUAAGUUGUCAACACAGGCAGCCAAGAAACUAAAAGAAGAGAGCAGAGAUGAAGAAAGUCCCUAUGCAACUUCCCUCUAUCACAGUUAGAUGACCAGGGACGGACAAUAAUCUAACCUGGAUUAAGAGAUGGUUGGAUCAUGAAGAAACCAACAACUAAAGAUUCAAAAGUAUAUAUCCUUAAAUCACAACUAAGUAGUUCGACCUACUGCAAUUGCACUGACGUGAUUAUUUCCCUCUGGCUGUCUCUAAUUUUAAGUCUUUAUUAUGGCAUGAGAGCAAAUUGUAUCCUAAAGAUCAUCACUUUUGCAGGUGGUGGUAGUUUUUAGGCUAGUUUUUGUAAAUACUAGUUAAGGUAAAGCAUCAAAGACUUUAUACAUAUUCAAGCUGAAAGCAGUGUCUUCUGAAAAAUCCUACUUAUGUGAAAUACAUGGUUGCUGUUUAAGUGAUGCUGAUUUUGCUAUGUGUUUAUAACUUAAGUGCUAUAUAUAUAUAUAUAUAUAUAUAUUUCGAUAUGUAUUACAUAUUAUGUACUAAUAUAAAGAACCAAAUUUUGUCUGCUAUUUUGUAAAAAUAAACUAUAAAAGCCUGAAUGAGUAAAUAAACUAUGUUUUCAUA